ACGAAGCUUGACAUUUCGGCGCGGUAAGAAUUUGUUUUUCCUUCAUGCAUUGCUCCCUACUGCAGUUCAUAAAGUUAAACGAUGUUCGCUAUUUAAAACUGAAAAUAACAAGAAUAACCAAUUUUCUGAGUGAAAUAGUGUCGAGAAAAGUUGAAAUCUAUUCCAUUAACUAAAAAAAGCUGCUAAGAAUGGACAAUUUUUUGCGCAGUUCAAGUUUCAGCCAUGAGACCGCUAUGCUGUUUACCAAUGAAAAAAUAGCUUCUGCUCGAACGAAGAUUAUAGAAGCACUCAACGAAUCGUUGACUGCAAAUGCAACAGAAAAAUGCGAAAUCAUUGCUAAAGUACAGGAGUUAAUUAUCCACUCAGAUGUGGAGCUACUUUCGGAGUUUCUGGACAACAUUCUGGCGUUCGCUCAUGAUCAGAACCAAGAGGUUCGAAAGUCGGUUGCUGGUUUCAUUGAGGAUGUUUGUAAGAACCACAUUAGUUUUCUGCCUAAGGUUGUGAAUACGCUAUUUGCGCUGCUUCGUGACAUGGCUCCAAGCGUGUCGAAAAGGGUCAUACAAGGAUGUGGUGCCAUUUAUAAGCAAGCUUUGAUUUGGAUUUGCUCCUUGACUGAUAUUACUGAAGAAGUAGAACAAGCAUGGAAUACACUGUGCUUAAUUAAGGCGUCGAUUCUGGAUAUGAUCGAUAACGACAACGAUGGCAUUCGAACAAACGCUAUCAAAUUUUUGGAAGGUGUUGUAAUUCUGCAAACUUAUCCGGAUGAGGACACUUUGAAAAGAGACAAUGAUUUCUCUCUAGAAAAUGUACCUCUUACGUUGAAAAUUGCUCGCAGACGUAAACUUGAGGACGAAGCUGUCAAUAUAUUUGAAUUGCUUUUGCAGUUUCAUGCCGCGUCGCAUAUUUCGUCAAUGAAUUUGCAAGCAUGUACGGGAACACUUUGUUUAAUAGCGAGGAUGCGUCCUUCUAUGAUGAAUCAGGUGGUGGAUGCCCUGAAAAAUCUUCAUGCCAAUCUACCGCCAACUCUUUCGAACUUCCAAGUCAGUUCGGUUCGGAAAAAUCUUAAAGUGAGAUUUCUGGACUUACUGAAACAUCCGGCGUGCUUCGAGCAUCAAACAAGUAUCGCGCAAAUUUUGCAAGAUUUGGGAGCCUCGAAUAGUGAAAUUGGACGCGCAAUACCGAAAUUAGACCGCCGGGAACAGCAAAGACGUGCGAAGCGAGCGUUGGAAAAUUCCUCCUCUGAGUUCGCAGCCAAAAAGGCCAAACUAGGAGAACAUAUGCGACGCGAGAAGGAACGUGCGGCACCACGUCAGAUGGAAAUCGAUUUUGAUGAACUGAAUGAGCAAAAAUUGAAGUCCAACCGUCUGAACGAACAGUUCUUGGUGGAAAAUCUGCAGAAGCUCGAAGUCGUCAUCCAAUUGGUUCGGAAUAACAUGCCAAAGGUGCCACUAGAACCAAACGCGCAGUAUUUGCAGAAUUAUUCUCCCCUGCCCGCAAACACGACUAUUACCCAGCAAAUACAGAAAAUUGCACAGACUCUAGCGCAACAGAUGACUGAUCAACGCGUGGGUCCGGGAGCUGUGGCCAUAUCCAAGGAGCCACCGAUGCGUCCCAAAAUUACAGACGACGAAGAGAGAAAUAUAAUUCUUGCUUCAGCUAUUCGGCGCCGGGAUCCGGAAGCCGAGGACGAUGACGAAGAGGAAGACCGCCGACUUCGUGAAUCGCUGGAACGUGUUAAAGGGGCAGCUGGUGAACCGAAGUUGAAAGCCAAAGUAAAAGUUCUCCGCUUGCAGGAAAUUACUAAACCGCAGGCGCGGGAUUUGCGCCUAACUUUCUUGAAUGACGCUGUAAAGAGAGUUCUCAAAGCUGAGAAGGCCGCCCUGAUUGGAGGCGUAGCAAUGAAGCGCAGACGAAUUGUCACCGUUUUUGGUUCGUGCUUUAUGCCCUCCGUGCGGGAAGCUAUUCUAGAUUUCAUCCUUGAUGACAUUGUGAAGCGACUCGAUUUGGCUUUUUCGUGGAUCUUUGAAGAGUACAGCCUGCUGCAGGGUUUUACCCGUCACACGUACAUUAAGUCGGAAAUGAAAGCUGAUUUCCCUUACACGCAAUUGUUACUAAAACUGUUGACUACCAUAAUAGAAAAGCAGGAUUUACGCGAGAAAGAAUCCCUGCUUAAGAGACUAUAUUUAGAGGCCCCGAUGUUACCAGACGAUGUGAUUACCUUACUGGAACGUAUGUGUCAACUUGAAGAGUUGGCAGAUUGCGGAAUGCAAAUAACCAAGGACUUACUUAUCAGACGCCCUCCGAAGGAGAAAAUUUAUCUGGAAAUUUUGUUGAAAUACUCAGAGUAUGAAAACACCGUCGUCCGGGAGAAAGCAAUCCACUAUCUACUGCAUGUCUACUCAGUACAUCGCAUUCUAACGGAUGAAAUGGAGAAACGGUCCUUGCUGUGGCUUGGUUUUCUUGAGCAGGAAUCACCACCGGAGCAAAUUUUCACUAUGGAGUUAGGCCGUUACGAACAUCCGAGGACAUGGACGGAGGAACUGGCCAAAACUUGUCUAGGAUUGUUUUUGGAAAUUUUGGUGUACAAUCAGGAGCUCAUUCAUAAGCUAUCCGAUGUUUACAUCAAAGCAACUUCGGACAUGAAACGUGCAAUGUUGAGGGCUAUUGAGGCACCGGUUCGGAAGAUCGGGGCGGAAAGUGAGGAGCUGCUAAAACUUAUUGAAGAAUGUCCGAAAGGUUCGGAAACUAUCAUUACCAGGAUCAUUUAUAUUUUGACUGAAAAAACAAUUCCCACUCCGGAACUGGUCGAGAGAGUGCGCAAUCUGCAUCAAACUAAAGUGUCCGAUGUUCGUCUUUUGAUUCCGGUCAUCAACGGGCUCACGAAGAAGGAAAUCCUGAAUGCGCUGCCCAAGCUUAUCAAACUAAACCCGGUGGUUGUGAAAGAAGUAUUCAACCGACUGCUUGGGGUUGGUGCCGAGUACAGCAGUUCCAACUUGCCAAUCUCUCCGGCCGAACUGUUGGUUUCCUUGCACACAAUGGACACCAGCAAGGUUGAGCUCAAAUGGAUCGUGAAAGCUACAUCGCUUUGUCUAGCCGAAAAAGAAACUUACACCCAUGACGUACUCGGCAAUGUCAUCCAGCAGCUAGUAGAGUUGACCCCUCUGCCGACGCUUCUGAUGAGAACUGUUAUUCAAUCUUUAACGCUUCAUCCACGUCUGGCCGGCUUCGUAACGAAUCUCCUCCAACGUCUUAUUCUCAAGCAGGUUUGGAAGCAAAAGGUAGUCUGGGAUGGCUUCCUAAAGUGUGCGCAGCGUUUAACACCCCAGAGUAUGGGUGUUUUGAUACAGCUGCCUUCCGCACAGCUUCAAGAUGCGUUAAACAUUUGUCCUGAGUUUCGAGAGCCCAUGCUGGAACAUGCACGCGAGAUAAUGGAACAUCAAAUUGGUCACGUUUCGCAAGACCGCAUGGACGUUCUUUUGGGUAUUUCGCCGCACAAUCCUAACGAAGGCAGCGAUUUGCAGGUUGUUGCAAAUUAUAAUGAGGACACUCCGAUUACCCCACAUUUGCCAGUACUUGUUAAACAGGAAAAGGAUGUUGAACGUCCCGAACCAGCGCCUCCUGGAAUGGAGUAGCCGAAUUGUGCGAACUUGUAUUCAAAGCAGCAGUAAGUUACAUUCACAUUGCAACCGUUGAAGAUAACAACUAGUUACAAUAAAGAUCGACAUGUUCAUUU